AUGAAGCCACCCAAGAUGAUCGAAAUGAAAUUUCUAAAUCUUCCGGGCAUAGAUGACGAGCAUUUCCAAAAUUUAGUCAAGCCCCCACGACCAACAACAACUCCCUAUGGAUCAGCAAAUCUCCAGUUUGACGACCAGGAGCAACCGCAUGAAAAUACGACAAAAAGGCAUGCACCCUAUGUUUCUUUUGGUGAUCAAGGAACGACAGCAAGUGCCGGUAUCUAUGGCUCACUGCUGCGUAUCUGUCGUCCCAUGAAGAGCAGUCGUCUUCAUUCGGGCAUGAUCAGCCUGGGAUUACCUGAUAAUCCCCAGGCUUGGUAUGUCUAUUGGCGCACAUCGCGCUUUUUAGAAAGUGCACAAACUCUCAACGCAGGGUUUGGGCUUAGAGUAUUAAACCUUUUAUCAUCGGAGCCACCCACCGUGAAUUUUCUGGCAGACCGUUGGCCCGUCAUCUCAUAUAAAAGUGUUGAUAACUUUACAAUCAACGUCAAACUCUGGUGCCAUGACAAUGUGAUAGUACAGCAUAUGGAGAUUACUGGACGGAGCAUAUCUACGGACCCGCUCAAACUAGAGUUCAACCCUAAUUUCAGCAUGCAAGAUUUGGACUUCUUGGAGAAGCGAGAAGACUUACAGAUGCAAUGCUUACGUGGACCCCAUGGUUACGGAAUCAUAGACAUAGAGGAUGCCGCGGGAUUUGAUAUGACCCAAGAACGUAUUUGCGUGCUUGUGGGCUUAUUCAAAGAUGGAAAUGCACAAGAGCUAGAGGGGAACAAGCCAAUCCUCAUUGAACAUGAUUUCAACAAGCAGUUCAAGGUAGAGGUUACCGCGGCAUUCAAGCUUCAAAUGAUUACCCUCAAGGAGGACUGGAAACGAUGUCUAAUCUCCUCGGAUGAUCUCAAAUUUGUUCCGCCUGAGGCACCUGCUCUGGAAACUUCAUCUUUCUCUGAUCCAGAUUUGGGCUGGUACCUACGACGAAAUCUUGAACAUAUACUGUCUGUGUGUAGUAUUCCAUUUCAAAAGAAUGCCUCAUCAGAUUCCAAAACAUUAAUACCAGCCCCGAUGAUCACACUCAAUGCCCCCGGGGGCAAGGAAGACGUCCUUCAUAGGAGUGUACCAGCCAACAAGCGAUUGGGACCAUUGCGACAACGGAUCCAUGAAGUAUGUAGAGGCCACCUUGAAUGCAUCCUCUCCUUAGAUGCCGACGACGCUUGCUCUUCGAACAUUCACAUCAAUGGCAAAAGAAUGGAGAACUCGGAGGAAACAGAUCUUCCGCCAGAUAGCCCUACAAACAUUCCGAUCCACAUCAUUAAAGCAACAGAAUAUGUCAAAGUGUUCUCAGACAUAGACGAUCUUCUGUUUGUUUGCAGCAUGCUGGGGCGAUUUACCUUGGGCUGGUUCGAACAACUGAUAGACACCAGAAACCACAUCUCUCCAACAUGGCAGCACUUGAGCGACUCAGAAAUUCCGAUAUAUCGUCUUAGCGAUCAUGUAUGGAUAUGGAAGGCGCUCAGGAACAUCGAGGACUUGACUCAGCGUGUGGAGGCUACAGAGAAGGAGAGUCCUCAUGAUACUCUGAAAACAUUCUUGGAUAUAAAGAAACAUCUUUCACAUCAAGGGCCGCGAAAGUCUACCUUGGAGCCGCGUUUAAACUUCACGUCAGAGGAUCUAAGAAGGCAGAACCUGCGACGUUUUACACUCGAAAACGACAUUAUGAAGAAGAGAAUGCUAAGUGUCACUCGUACUGCACGUGAAACUCGCUUCCUGCUACAUUCUCGCGACACGAUCCUAUAUUAUGGGCUGGAAUGGGGCUUCUUUGAGGGCGAAGAAACAGUAUGGAAGCAUUUGAUCAAAGCGCAAGUUCAGCAUGAUGAAGCCAGCAACGAUGAAACACAGUGGGACAAUCCCCUUCGCUAUGGUCUAGCCAUUGAGAUGGCGAAGCAAGGCCAUCAACUGGAAAGUGAAUUCACGCCUCCCGAGAUGUUCAUCCAUGCCCAAAAGAUUAUCUUGAAUUCCUCAUCAGAGAAUGGACUUUUCCCGGGACAACUAGAUUCUUUCAGCAAAGAGCCAGUGCUGUUUGAUCGUGAAAUCUUUCGUGAUUUCUACUUCCACGUCGGUUUUGAAAUUCCUUUUAUCCUCUUACGGACAAUGAGGGGAGAGAAAGUAGCAUAUUUUAGUUCUGGCGAAGCAUCUAAGACAGGAGAAAGAUCAUUUGAGGGAGAAAUGCCGUCUCUAAAAAGAACCAUCGAUCUAUCUCCCAUCUCUGGUAUCAAUCCUGGCGCCACUCAAGACUAUUUCAGUUUUCAGAAUCGAACAUUGGCAAUCCAAAGAACCCUUAAGCGGCAGAACCCAUACGGCAGACUCGUGGACCUCAGCAAUAUCGUCGAACUACCCGAGGAAUGGCUCUAUAAGUAUCCCGAUUUUCUGGAUUUUACUCCACCAAAGGAUAGACAAAAGCUCCGUCAAAUCCAGGCCGAGGCUCCGCUUGCUAUACAGGAGACAAUGCGUAAUUAUUACCUCAGACAGGCAAUGAAUCCUUUUACGCUCCACCCUAUAGGCAGAUGUUUUGCGACAGUCGACGACGUCCGCAAAGGAAAAAAGCAGCGCAAAUGGUCUGUUGAUGAGAAGUGUGUCCAAGGUGUAUAUGACUCAUACAAAGGCUUGUGGGAACGACUGCAGCAACAGCGCAGCGCUGAAGAGAGCAAAAAGCGCCUCAUAUACCUGAGAGCUGCAGACUAUAUUGUCUCUACCAUGUGUUACAUCGCAUCACCAGAACUUGAGCGAGUACAUAUGGCACAGUUCUUCGAUCGACAUGCCAAACUGCAUGCAAAUUACUUCUAUGAUGACACUUCAGCAGUUGUCAACAACUGGGUGACCGAAGUACAUUUCCGUUUCUUUCAGUUUUAUAAGCCUGUCGACGGCGAAGCGCCUGCACAAGCCCCUACCCAUGUUCGACAGCUCAAGUCACAAAUAUGCGGAAUUUUUGGCAAUGAUGCCUAUCUGGUUGAUGCAGUGAUUAGCUUCCGGAUCGUGGGCGACUUUUUCGAUCGUUAUUGGACUAGCCACGUGUUGCAGAACUUUGCAGAUCCUACAGAGCUUGCCAACUACCCCCCUCUGGAUGAAUACGAUCGCAGCCACGACACGCACUGGCAACAGAGAAAAGUUCUGGAGCUGAUCCUGUUGAAUCAUAUUCUGGCAAAAGUCUGCAGCAGCACAGGAAUAAUCUUACGACGAAUCGAACAAGGGCCGCGCUUAACCGCAUCAGACGCAGGAGAAAAAUACUUUUCCAAGGACAGCUUCGAGGAUCGAAAGCCCGGGGAACUACGCGAAAGUUUCCAGGUCCUGGUCAUUUUAAAGAACAACAUCAACAGUCUCCAAGGGUUAACUGAACAAUUCAAUGGCCGAGAAAGCUCUCAGGGUAGAGAGAGACCCCGCUGGACGAGGGAAGACGAACAGAAAUAUCGCAAAGCAAUCAAACAAAAGCAAGCCCAUUUUGAAGACCACGUGCGUGAAAUCAAAGCAACAGCAGCUCGUAUCGAGUUCCUCAUUGCUCUUGUGACCAGUGCGCAAGACGCGAUCCGAUCCAAAAAGGCCCUGAGGGAAUCGGAGAACGUCACUCUCUUCACAUACGUGACCGUCUUCUUUCUACCUGUCGGUCUUGCCGUCAGCAUUUUCAGUAUGAGCAAUGCUCCUGAUCGUAACUUGCUUGUUUAUAUGAUAGUCACGGCGUUAGUGGCUGUUAUAAUCACAGUCGGCGUGUUGUGGUGCGUUCUCGGCCACUUGAUUCCCACGUGCGUGGACAGAAUCAUGUUCAUUAUUCAUGCUUGUCGGGGCUCAUCUGACACGGAAGAUGAGGUUCUACGUGAACAGACUAAUCAUAGAGUCUUUCGACAAUUGUCGUUUGGACCGAAGGAUAACCAGAAAUUUGGGAGAAUACUUCACGAUCUUGAAGGUCAGACAGGUCAUAAUGGGGAGACGAAUUCGGUCCGGAAAUCCUCUGAUUCCAAGAUUUAA